ACACCCAUCCAUUCACAGCACGGCUCUGCCUCGUUCCUCCUCAGUCCUCCCAAACCAAGCAAAGACUACUACAGAAGGGGCUGACCACACCAUCCAACCGCAGCCAUGAACGGUACAGAGGGACCGGCAUUCUACGUGCCUAUGUCCAAUGCCACUGGCGUUGUUAGGAGCCCGUACGACUAUCCCCAGUACUACCUGGUGGCACCAUGGGCUUAUGCCUGCCUGGCUGCUUACAUGUUCUUCCUCAUUCUCACCGGCUUCCCAGUCAACUUCCUCACUCUGUAUGUCACCAUCCAGCACAAGAAGUUACGUACGCCCCUCAACUACAUUCUGCUGAACCUUGCCAUUUCCGACCUCUUUAUGGUUUUUGGAGGUUUCACCACAACAAUGUACACCUCGUUGAAUGGCUACUUUGUUUUCGGCCGCCUGGGAUGCAACAUCGAAGGCUUCUUUGCCACUCUGGGAGGUGAAAUGGGUCUCUGGUCCCUUGUCGUGCUGGCCAUCGAGAGGUGGGUGGUCGUCUGCAAACCCAUGAGCAACUUCCGCUUCGGAGAGAACCAUGCCAUCAUGGGUGUUGCCUUCACAUGGGUCAUGGCCAGUGCUUGCGCCGUACCACCCCUCCUCGGCUGGUCCCGCUACAUCCCCGAAGGCAUGCAGUGCUCAUGCGGAAUUGACUACUACACCCGUGCCCCCGGUUACAAUAACGAGUCCUUCGUCAUCUACAUGUUCCUUGUCCACUUCACCAUUCCACUCAUCAUCAUCUUUUUCUGCUACGGUCGCCUGGUCUGCACCGUAAAAGAGGCCGCUGCCCAGCAGCAGGAGUCCGAGACCACCCAGAGAGCCGAGCGUGAGGUCACCCGCAUGGUCAUCAUCAUGGUCAUCGGCUUCUUAGUUUGCUGGGUCCCCUAUGCCAGCGUUGCCUGGUACAUCUUCACAAACCAGGGCACCGAAUUCGGCCCUGUCUUCAUGACAGUGCCGGCCUUCUUUGCCAAGAGCUCUGCCCUCUACAACCCCUGCAUCUACAUCUGCAUGAACAAGCAGUUCCGUCACUGCAUGAUCACCACCCUGUGCUGUGGCAAGAACCCCUUCGAGGAGGAAGAGGGUGCCUCCACCACCGCAUCCAAGACCGAGGCUUCAUCCGUGUCUUCCAGCUCUGUGUCCCCCGCGUAAAUGUGUCUAAACAACACACUCAAAGCAGCGACGUGCACUGGGCUUCACAGCAACCGACACCACAAAGAGUUCAGCCCAGGGAAACGAGCGACCGCUACCAUUUGCAGAAAAAACGUCUCUGUCAUUUUUUCAUUUUGUAUUUUUACGAAACCCAAUUGGUUCGACCUAAAGACAGUUUUGAGAGAGGACAGAUCAUGUCCCAGUUUCUGUACAUUCAGCGAGUCCAACGUAACGGUUUAUACCAUUCUUUUUGUUCUCCUUUCUGAAAUGCAGCAAAAGGAAAAAUAUGUUAACUCUCUUACUGUUGGACUCCUUCUUUUACUGGCUUUGUUGUGAUUGUAGAGGCAUGUAUUCAAGGCAAUGUAACAAUAAAAAGCACUUUGCAAAUUAAA